AUGCAGCACGUCCUCCAAGCAGGUCUAUCCUCUGGGAUGUCAGCCGUCACUGGCAUCCACAGCGGCAAGCAUACCAAGCCUAACCCGGUCGACCCUUCCUUUGAUGGUCUCGCAGCCGUCAUGCCAGAAGACUGGAUCCCAACCGCCGACAAAAAGUUCACAUACAAGGGCAAGAACGGAGAUGUCUACGCUCCGCAACUGUGCAUCGGCGCCUGGCCUUGGGGCGACACUUCAACCUGGCACUGGAAGCACGAGGAAGAGCCACAUGUCGCCGCAGCAUGGAAGCACUGCGUUAGCAAAGGGGUCAACUUCAUCGACACCGCGCAAGUCUACGGCACAGGCAUGAGCGAGACAAUCUGCGGAAGACUAGUCAAGGACAUGCCAAGAGACAGCUUCGUCAUGCAAGACAAGUACUUUGUCGUACCCCAAGCAAAAGACGUCCUCCACCCCACCAUGGCCCCCCUCAAGAAGCUCGAAACCUCACUCAAGAACUUCGGCCUCGAUUACAUCGACAUAUACCUCGUGCAUGGCCCCAUUCACCUUCAAACCAUCCCCAUGAUCGCCAAAGGCAUGGCCGAGUGCGUGGAAAAGGGCAUGACCAAGACCGUUGGAGUGGCAAACUACAGUCUCGCAGACAUGAUAAAGAUGCAAGACGAACUAGCCAAAUACGGCGUUCCCCUCGCCAUCAACCAAGUCGAGUUCUCCGUCCUCCGCCGCGAACCAGAACUUUCUGGUCUCCUCCAGACCUGCAAAGAACGCGGUAUUGUCUUGCAGUCCUACUCCUCGCUCGCCCAAGGUCGGCUUACGGGUAAAUACACAUCUGACAACCCGCCGCCAAAGUCAUACCGCUUCUCCAGCUACGAUAUGAAGGACAUUGAGCCUGUCAACGCGGUGCUGAAGAAGAUUGCGGAUAAGCGCGGUGUACCUCAGAGUGCUGCUGCGCUGAACUACAAUAUGUGCAAGGGUAUUACGCCGGUAUGUGGUGUGAGGAAGGAAGAGCAGGCUGUUAGCAAUUGUGCGGCGCUGGGGUGGAGGUUGAGUAAUGAGGAGAUUAGGGAGAUUGACAGGGUUAGCUUUCAGGGACAUACUACGAGUCUGUGGCAGCAGGGUUAG